CUGUUUUGAGUCCUGCAGAGCCGCCUCGUCUCACUCCUACCAGCUGGCGGAAGAAUCGCCUCCAGACCCCGUGAGGCCCCUUCCUCCAGUUCCAUCCUUGGAGCUGACCCGGGGCUUGGGCAUGGAUUACAGGGAUAUCCGAAGGCUCCCCACGGAUCUGCCCUAUUACCAUGGCCCUCUGUCCAAGAAAGACUGUGAGACCCUGCUGCUCAAGGAUGGGAUAGAUGGCAACUUCCUGCUAAGGGACAGCGAGUCUUUGCCAGGAGUUCUGUGCCUCUGCGUCUCGUUUAAAAAUUUAGUCUACACGUACCGAAUCUUCGAAGAGAGACGUGGGUUUUACAAUAUACAGACGGUGGAAGGUGCUCCCAAAGAGAUCUUUCCAAACCUAAAAGAGUUGAUCUCCAAGUUUGAGAAACCAAGCCAAGGGCUGGUGAUGCACCUCAUACAGCCGAUAAAGAAAGCCAGCUCCUGCCCGAGGUGGAGAAGAUCACAGAUAAAGCUGGAUAGUAUUUACGAGAACAACAGUAACAGUGACUAUGUGGAGGUCUUACCCUGAAGACAAAGAGACUGAAGAAAGCAAUUAGAGAAGAGAUGGAGUGACAGCUCUCACUGGCAACCCUGCUUCUCCUGUAGGUGCGCAUGUGGAAUACUUAGCUCGCGGGGAGAAUUCAGACUCUCUGAAGAUGUUCCCAGAGAAAUUGUUUCCCGCAUCUCUGCCUCCCGUGCACACGCCAUGAGCCGCUUUGAGACUCCUUCCCCUCACCCCACUCCACUCUUCUUGCUGGGAAUAGGACAGCCUGAACCUAUUCUCAACUUCUUAAAGAUACAGUUGCAUCCUGGUGGAUGCCCUCCUGCAGACCAGGCGAUUGGAGACACAGCUUUGCAUGGGAGAGAGCACACUCGGCCAGGAGUUAGGGACCCGAGUUCCAGCCCUGUGGCGAUGUGACUUUGGAGAAGCCUCUUCCCCCGUCUGGGGGUCUCCAUACCUUCAUCUGUAAAACAAACACGUGUUCCCACCCCUCUGCUGAGCUGGGUUGUGCCUGAUGGAGUUGAGGAGAUCUGGGGUGAUGGAGAUGUACACGGGAGUGGCAAGGGAUCUGAGUCCCAGCCUCCCAAACAUCCAACAUGGUCUCCGUACCUGCCUGUCCUGGUCUGAGUCAUGGUGGGGGGCCCUGAUCCUCCCCCGUCGCCCGCCACCACCUGUCCUUCUCCCCCACAUUCCAGUUCUUCUCUUUCUUACUAAUCUUGAUAUUCUUGCCAAACACACCCACGGAUAUACUUUCUCCCUGGUUUUGCCCAAUUUCACUUAUGCACCAACAACUUCAGCAGUGCAGGGUGUAGCCCUGUACCGCAGUGGUAUCUGUGGGGAUUUAAAAAAUACUCAAUUUCAUGUAGUUCCUGUUCCCAACUAGACUUUAGGUGCCACCAAAGCAUGGUUGGGUCUCCCUCAUAUUCCCCAGUGUGGAAAUGUGCUGUGUAGAGCAAUGGAAACAUGUGCCCAUUCUCAGGA